CUCAAAUCAGAUUAACGUUAGAGUCGAGAUACCUUUUGAAUUUCCUCCUUACUGUUGGUGUCAUUUGGUCGACAGAAUAAUGCAAUCUACAAGGAGAACUUUGACAUUCGUGACUGGAAAUAAGAACAAACUUGAAGAGGUUAGAGCAAUCAUUGGAAAGCAUUUUGAUGUCCAGUCAGUAGCUAUUGAUUUACCAGAAUUUCAAGGUGAACCAGAUGAUAUAUCCAAAUCAAAAUGCCUAGAAGCUGUCAAACACAUUAAAGGCCCUGUCAUUGUUGAAGAUACUUGUCUUUGUUUCAAUGCACUCGGCGGGAUGCCAGGCCCUUAUAUAAAAUGGUUUCUUAGCAAAUUAGGACCAUCAGGGUUGCAUAGGUUACUGGCAGGCUGGGAGGACAAAUCAGCGUAUGCUCUCUGCACAUUUGCAUAUUCAACAGGCGAUCCAUUGAAGUCAGUUCAGCUGUUUCAUGGAAAGACAGAGGGUAGGAUAGUUGAACCUAGAGGGCCACCAAAUUUCGGCUGGGAUCCUUGUUUUCAACCAGAUGGAUAUGAUCAAACGUAUGCAGAGAUGCCAAACGAGGAGAAGAAUAAGAUUUCUCACCGGAGCAAGGCCUUGGAGUCACUGUCUCAAUUCUUCCUUCACCCCCAGCAGACAUGACACCAACCUACUGCUGUAGAUACGUUUAUAUUCACUGGUUCCACAAGCAGGCAGUUAGUGUAUUUCUUUGAUAAUCUAGUAAAGUCAUAUUUGUCUACUAAUGCUAGGCAAAGGAAACAGAAACAGGAGCCACCACAGAAAGUUUUGUCCUGUAAUCAAAAUACAAGGAGUGUGUCCACAGAGCUGUCAACCAGUACAUUUUUGGUGUAUUUAGUAAGUUUUUGCAACCAAAAUACGACAGUACCUUUUUUCUUUAAAAAAUACAAUUUAAAGAAAAAGAAAACUUACACAAAUAUGGUUAUUUGAUCAAUGUAAUUUCAGAUAACUUAAAAAAAUAAUUUUGUUAAAACCAGGGUGAGAUAUACAAAGAUUUCAAUGUUAUUUUUUCAUCUACAAGAGCAAUGUUCAUUUUAGCUUGUGCAUCACGCAUUUUAUUAUGAAAUACAUUUUUUUUCAUCACAGUUUUUCAUUCCCAGAGGUCGACAGGUCUGUAUCAAUAGAGUAAGAUAAUAAAUACUGGUAUAUGCAAUGGUACCCAGGGGAGUGUUUCAUCAACAUUUUCGUCCGACAAGCUGUCAGAUCUGACAUCUUUCUCUGACGUUGAUUGGCGGAG